GGUUUGCCAGUUCUCUGCAGUGUCCUCUGAUUCUGCUCCAGUGAGGCCUUCCUGCUGACACUUCAGGAUCCAAAGUGCUGCUCCAUCAAUCAGGUUCUUCCACUGGCAGCAGACCAGGCGGCACACCAGCACCAAAUCCACUGCAGGCUCCCAUUUUUUUUCCCUUGUGCUUCCUUCCACCCCACCGCUGGAGCUGCCAUGACCACCAUCGGCGACCUCCCUGAAGACGUGCUGGUGGAGCUGCUGUCACUGCUGCCCGCCCGCGACCUGAGCUGCGCCUGCAGGCUGGUGUGCAGGCAGUGGCGGGCGGUGGUGGAGCUGACCACCCUCUGGAAGCGCAAGUGCCAGCGGGAGGGCUUCUACAGGCAGGGCUUGGACAGGAGCAUCUCCGACUGGAAAAUCUUCUACAUCCUCUGCAGCUUGAAGAAAAACUUAAUCAAAAACCCCUGCGCUGAAGAGAACUUUCAUCACUGGAAGCUUGAUCAUAAUGAAGGAGAUAAAUGGAGGAUUGAGGCUAUGCCUGGAGCUCACGGAACAGAGAUGCAAGACCCCAGCGUACGCAAAUACUUUGUCACUUCAUACGGGCCAUGCUUCAAGUCUCAACUCAUUACCCUGCAGAAUGAAGGAUACUGGAAUCAGUUGAUGGAUGAGAAACGUCCUGAAAUUGUAGUCAAGGACUGGUAUGCUGCCAGAUUUGACUGUGGGUGUCGCUAUGAGCUUAUGGUUAGGCUGCUUUCCGAAGACUACCUUGUCCUGGAUGAGUUCCACCCGGAGCCAGUGGUUAUAGAGCAGUGGAGUGACGCAGUGUGGAGAGAGAUUUCUCACACCUUCCAGAAUUACCCACCUGGAGUUCGUUACAUCUGGUUUCAGCAUGGAGGCCAAGACACCCAGUACUGGGCAGGAUGGUAUGGAAUCCGAGUGACAAACAGCAGCAUCACCAUCGGGCCCAUGACAUUGUCAUGAAGGCAUAACAGAAGU